UCAGUCCCAAAUUUCAAAAUUCACCAUUGUUUCUUCUGCUUUUGAACGCCAUGAGUGUGAGGAUCAAAGAUUACCAGUUACCUUGCAACAGUCACAAACUCUACGAUGUAUUUUUGAACGAAACCGAAAUCGAAACCCUAGUUACCCGUGAUCCGGCCAUGAUCUGUUCAUGGAUCGACAGCACCGAAUCCUCUAACCAAUCCCGUCUCCACCGCUUAAUCGUCGGAAUCGACAUUGAAUGGCGCCCUAAUUUCAACCCGGGUGCGGGUCAAAACCCGGUCGCAACACUCCAACUCUGCGUCGGAAAAUCCUGUUUGAUUUACCAAAUCAUUCACGCCCCCAAUAUCCCCCGGAAACUCCGUAACUUCCUGAAUAACGACGAUUACAGAUUUGUUGGAGUUGGGGUUGAGAAUGAUGUGAAGAAAUUGUUGAAUGAUUGGGGAAUUGGAGUGUCGAAUACGGUUGAUUUGAGGGAGUGGGCGAUGGAGGAACUUGAGAAUGACAAUCUUCGGAGUUAUGGGCUUAAGGGUUUAGUGAAGGAAAUUCUUGGAAUUGAGAUUUACAAGCCGAAGAGGGUGACGAUGAGUGAUUGGGAUGAUCGUUGGCUUAGCAUUGAUCAAGUAUGUUAUGCUUGCCUUGAUGCUUAUCUUUCUUUUGAAGUUGGGAGGAUCUUAAGUUCUUGGUAUAAUUAG